ACAGUCCUAGUUGAAUUCCUGGCUAUGCCCAUGGACAAGAUCUACAAAAAGGACAACUGGGAUACUUUCUUUACAUGGUUCAAAGAAUGAUGCAUGUUUUCCAACCUUCGGUUCCCAAUUUAUCUACUUUAUUUAUUUUUUUUCCCCCCAAUCUCCAGAAUUUCUAUCCUUUCUGUGCAGAUAGAUCUUGGGAUCUUGGAAAGUCCUCCAAGGGAUCUGGAAACAAGAAAGAUAAACAACAAUGCUGUUGAGUGUACACGAUUCUGUCUAAGGUGCACUCUGAUCGGAAUGUAUACCCUUCUGCUGGAGUUCUUUUUGUUCAUGUUUUGGAGAGAGAGUACUUUAAGGGGGAGUUUCCUCCUUACCCAAAGCCUGGUGAAAUAAGCAAUGACCCUAUAACAUUUAAUACCAACCUAAUGGGUUACCCUGACAGACCUGGAUGGCUGCGCUACAUACAGAGGACACCCUACAGUGAUGGAGUGCUGUACGGUUCACCGACUGUAGAGAACGUGGGCAAACCAACCGUCAUUGAGAUCACUGCAUAUAACAGGCGUACCUUUGAGACAGCAAGACGUAACUUGAUCAUUAAUAUAAUGUCAGCAGAAGAUUUUCCUUUACCGUAUCAAGCGGAGUUCUUCAUAAGGAAUAUGAAUGUGGAAGAAAUGUUAGCAAGUGAAGUUCUGGGAGACUUUCUUGGAGCAGUGAAAAAUGUAUGGCAGCCAGAACGCUUGAAUGCUAUAAACAUUACUUCCGCACUAGACAGGGGAGGGAGAGUUCCACUUCCUAUUAAUGAUAUGAAGGAAGGCGUGUACGUUAUGGUUGGUGCAGAUGUUCCAUUCUCCUCAUGCUUACGGGAAGUGGAAAACCCACAAAAUCAGCUGAGAUGCAGUCAAGAAAUGGAGCCUUUAAUAACGUGUGAUAAAAAGUUUCGUACUCAAUUCCAUAUUGAUUGGUGUAAAAUCUCUCUGGUUGACAAUACCAAACAAGUUUCCACCUUUCAGGAAGUGAUUCGCGGAGAGGGGAUUUUACCUGAUGGUGGAGAAUACAAGCCACCUUCUGAUACACUGAAAAGCAGAGACUAUUACUCGGAUUUCCUAAUUACACUGGCAGUGCCCUCGGCAAUAGCACUGGUGCUUUUUCUAAUUCUUGCCUAUAUCAUGUGCUGCCGACGGGAAGGAGUGGAAAAGAGAAACAUGCAAACACCAGACAUCCAGUUGGUCCACCACAGCGCUAUACAGAAAUCAACUAAGGAGCUUCGCGACAUGUCUAAAAACAGGGAGAUAGCGUGGCCUCUUUCAACACUGCCUGUGUUUCACCCAGUUACUGGCGAGAUUGUGCCGCCCCUUCACACAGACAACUACGACAAUACUAGUAUGCCACUGAUGCAAACACAACAGAACCUGCCACAUCAGACUCAGAUUCCACAGCAGCAGAGUGCAGGAGAAUUUCGUAUGACAACAUUUCAAAGAUUUGAGGUAAAUGGUAUUCCUGAGGAAAGAAAAUUAACAGAAGCAAUGAAUUUGUAAUCAGAGAAAGCAGGAAUCGUCUUACUUCCUUAUGUGUUUCGAUUGAUGCAUGAGUUUUCCUGGUGUAUAUUGUGCAUGCCCACAGUAUUAAGCUGAUUUCAGUGCCAGAGAGUACAAUCACUUCCACAUAACUAAUGUACUGUAUCUUUUUGUACUUUGGACAUUUUGGACAAUUUGUAAACACUGAUAACUUUUUAUAUUUGUUACAUUAAGAAAAUAAUCUUUCAAAUGUAUGUAUUAAUAAAUAUCAAACUUUUUUCUGUCUCAUGAUCUCUCCUGAAGGUUUUAACAGGGAAAUGAAAACUUCAAACUAAGCAACAGAUUCAAAGGAUUUUGAGUCUGUUGUAUGGGAUGAUAUAACUUGCCUUACAGUUGCACAUGAAAAGUGUUGUAUUGGCAUGAAAGCUGGUACAAGAUGAUGCUCAGAAAUAGUAUUCCACAUCUAUUAGGCAUUAAUUUUGUAGAGUUGAUCAAAAUAUAAUGAGCAAAGUUAUUUUUGAAACAAACAAACACAAAACCUAAACUAUUCAUGUUGAAAAUGGGCCUUGUUGCUUUACCAGACAUUUCAUGUAUUUGACGACUUGUAAGCAAUAAAAUUUAAAAUCUGUCCAUUCAUUCAUCUGAUUAUUUUAAAAGAAAUUCAUCUGAAUUGAGGUUCCUUAUUUUUCAAUAGAUGGUGGUAGU